AUGACGCUUCAGGCAAUAAGCAUCACCACCCCGACCGGAAUGACGUCUUCCGCUUCGUCUCCAGGUCAUGGAACUAAAAAACGACGUGUAGAAAGACGUGAACGAUUACGUAAAAGUGCUCUAUGCAAACACUUUGACAAACCUGGCGGUUGUCCGUUCCCCAAUUGCAAAUUUGCCCAUGGACGAAUUGAAGUAAAUGACAAGGAUCCACAUUCAGUGGCAGCUCAACGAAAACUUAUUCGGGAACAAGCAAUUUAUCGUGCAGAAGAGCAAUUCCAAACGAGAGAUGAAGGAGCCGUCACUUCGAAACGUCGAGGCACAAUGAUUGAGCGCUACUAUACUGAGAUGUUUUCGUGUGACACGAUGGGCAAACCAAUGGAGGAUCAGUACGUGCACAUGCAUUCAAACCGUCUAUGUGUAGUUGGUGUGGCUGAAUCCCAUCCAGUCAUGCAGGAAGAGGUGGUGAGUAUUGAGUUUUCACGGAAUGUAUUGGACAACCGAGUGACGGGCAAGAAGAAGAAAGGUGGCUGCUUUAUGUUGCCAAACACGGUGAUUGGCGUCCUCAAGUGCAAAAGUGGCCGUGAGUUCAAGCUCUAUAGCUGCAUUCGAGGCUCGUUGAUCGAAGUUAAUGAACGUCUGCAAAAGGAGCCAGAAUUGCUCAAGCAAAAGCAUCAAUCGGACGGAUACCUCAUCAUCAUUCAACCCAAGAAAGUGGAAGUCGCAGAAAUUCAAGAGUCACUGCUUUCGAAACACGAAUACAAGCAGUUCCGCGCCAUCUCAAAGGCAAAUACGGAAGUCAUUGAGAAAGGUGCGGAAAUAGUCUCCACGGAAGCUGUGCCGCUUGAAAAGGAAGAACAAAAUUCCGAGGUUGUACUAAUGGAAAAGUAG